CCUUUGGCAGCUGUCUGCCGCGCUUUUGGUGACGCGACUGAUAAUGCCAGACGAAUGUGAAUGCAAUGCGAAAAUUAUCGCAAGCACAGUGAACAAAAAUGAAGUAAAGCGCAGUGAAGACGUUACACAGUGAAAAUGUCCGGUGCAUUUCCGGUGAUAAAUAUUGAAUGACAUAAAUUCCAUGAGUGAAUAAUGUGAAAAGUACGUACUCGUACAUAAAGCACACAAACGCAAAAGCAAUGAAAAUAAAGUGAUAAUGGGACAACAAUUAACGUAUCCUGCGAAAUAACUCAAGAGCAGAGUUUCUAACAAAACAAAAAGUAAAAAAAAAUACCAAAAAAAACGACGUAGCCCACAAAAAGCGGCACACAAAUUGUUCAUACCAAAAAAAAACAACAAAGCAACAACAACACACACAAAUGCAUUACCGGCACUUUUGCAUUAUCUCCCUCUUCCUAGUCGUGUUGCUAUCACUUAACCUGGCAGUACGCGCUACUGACAUUGCCGGUGAUAGUGACAGCAAUGAGGACGAUGAUGAUGAACAUACUGUAGCGUUAACGUUGCCAAUGCCAAUAUUGUCAAGCAGCGAACUUAGUCAUUUGCAGCGACGCAAUGUAGACGCAGUUAGCAUAGGCUCGCUCGAGGCAAGGAUGCAGCAACAAUUGGUCAAAGAAAAACAACGGCGUAAAAGCCAGCAACAGCGACAACGUUUUCGACGACAACAACAACAGCAACAGCAGCAGGAGCAACAAAACCGCCGGCAACAGCGUCGUCAAAGACAAAAUAAAAAAUCACGCAACUCCUCAGCGCUUAGUGCGUCCACUUAUGUGGCUGCCAGAGCCGGUGAUGGCGGUGGUGUUGCCACGGACGAGGAUGUUGCUUUGGAGUUGGAAAGUGCUGACUAUAGUAAUGUUGAUGGCGAUUCGAUGUUAGCUGCUGUUGCUGUCGCCGCCGCCGCCGCCGCCCCCGCUGACACCGACAAUGCAGCUGAAGAAUCGGACGACGGCUCCUCAUCAGCGAUAUCGUUGGAUGACAGCAACGACGAUAAGGUGCCCUUCG